AUGAUUACUCGGCGGGUUGUUUCAAAAGGACCUAUCGAACAACUUCCACUCUCGUAUUUUCUUCUCCGAGCACAGGCUCUCAAACUCUAUCGACAAAUAUUGAAAGAAAUUAAACAAAUACAAAGAGAAGAUACACGUUUAGAAAUUAAACAACAAGCCAAGGAUCAAUUUCUUCAAUACAAGGACAAUAGGGACGUUGAGAAGGGAAGACGAGCACUUGCGGAAGGUCAUUCUCAACUAAAAGAAUUAAGACAAAUUAUUUACAUGUCUCAAUAG